AUGUUUACAAAUAAUAUGGCUUAUGAAUUUUAUCAAAGUCAAACAAAUGUAAUUCAUCGUGUUAAAUGUUUAAAAUAUAUUCUUUAUCGAUCAACAAAAUUACAAAAACAUAUUGUUGAUAUUUAUCAUAAAUAUUUAUUAAGAAAAGAAAAUUCUUCGAAAAAAAUUUAUAAUUUUAUUUAUGAAAUAUCUAAAGAUAUAAUAUGUGGUAAACGUUUUGAUGGUCUUAUUGAUUCAAUUCAAUUACAAACACGAAAUUUAUUUAUAAAUUUUGUUUCAAAUAUUUUCAAAAUUAUUAUUAAUGAUUACGGAUUAGAAACAUUACCAAAAUUAUCAAUUGAACAUAAUAAUUAUGUACUAACUGAUAUAAUUGGUGAACAUAUUGUUCAAUCUUAUUCAAAUGAUCUUAUUCGAACAUUUUGUUCUAUUGUUGAAAAUAAUUUUAAUAAUAAUCUUGUUCAAUAUCAACAAGCAAUUGAAUUUGUAUCACGUUGGUUAACACUUCUUGAUGAUAAUGAUCGUCAAUCAUUAAAUAGUUAUACUAAUAAAUAUGUAUGGUAUCUUGCACAUAUUUAUACAUUAUUUGAAUAUGAACAAAAUGAUCUUAUUUCAAUGUAUUCAGCAUUUCGAAUUAUCAAUUGUAUUAAUUCUACGAAUUCACAUUAUAAUGAUUUAUUCAAUGAAGAAAAUAUUACUCGUUCUAUUUUACAUGAAACAUUUUUCUUUUCAAUUUUCAAUUAUUUAUGGCAAAAUCUUAAUGAAUUAUGUUCAAAUAAACAAGAUCAUGAAAUAUGGAUAUAUGUUUAUACAUUUAUUUCAAAAUAUCAUCCAUCACAAAAAGUUUUAAGUGCUAUGAAAUUAUCUGAUAUUAGAAAUCAAAUUGAUUUUAUGACUUUAGUCUAUUCAAUAUUUUUAAAUGAUACAAUAAUUCAACCACUUGAAUUAGUAUCUAUUUUACU